GACUUUGGAUUCGGGCUGUCUGAGGCUGCAGUAUAGGGCGCGCUCCCGCUCCAAACAAAGAAACCGUGUAGUAGCAUCACAUCUAUUCUGCUGCAAGACCAUCCUUUUCCCAACACCGACCCCACCUUCUUACUAAACCUGAAGCAACCAUGACGGCAAACGGAACCAGCGACAUGCUCAAGAUCCAGUUUGGGCUCAUCAACUGCGGGAAUAAGUACCUUACCGCUGAAACCUUUGGGUUCAAAAUCAAUGCGUCCGCUACCACCAUGAAGAAAAAACAAAUUUGGACCUUGGAGCAGAACGGGGACGACUCCAACAUGGUCUUCUUGAAGAGUCACCUGGGCAGGUAUAUCGCGGCCGACAAAGAUGGCAAUAUCACAGGUGACAGCGAGACCCCCGGCGUGGACUGCCGGUUUAUAAUCACGGCUCACGACGAUGGGCGGUGGUCCCUGCAGUCUGAGCCUCACAAGCGCUAUCUGGGCGGCACAGAAGACCGGAUCACCUGCUUCGCCCAGACCAUCUCCAUCGCCGAGAAAUGGAGCGUCCACAUUGCAAUGCAUCCCCAGGUCAACAUCUUCAGCCUCACGAGGAAAAGAUACGCUCACCUAAGCGCCAAGCAUGACGAGAUUGCCAUCGACAGGGACGUCCCUUGGGGGGUCGACUCCCUGGUCACUCUGGUGUUUCAGGACCAGAGGUAUCACCUGCAGACCUCAGACUAUAGGUUCCUGAAAAACGACGGGGCGCUGGUUCAGAAGCCUGACAAGACCACUGGGUACACCCUGGAGUUCAGGUCUGGAAAGGUGGCGUUUAGGGACUGUGUUGGGAAAUACCUAGCGCCUUCUGGUCCAAGCGGAACGAUGAAAUCUGGCAAGAGCUCCAAGGUCGGGAAAGACGAGCUGUUUGUCAUGGAGCAGAGCCAUCCUCAGGUGGUGCUGACCGCUGGCAACGACAGGAACGUGUCCAUUAGGCAAGGCAUGGACCUGUCUGCCAAUCAGGAUGAGGAGAGCGACCAGGAAACAUUCCAGGUGGAGAUCAGCAAGGACACCAAGAAGUGCUCGUUUAGGACCUGCACUGGGAAAUACUGGACCCUCACUGCCAACGGAGGACUGCAGUGCACUGCCUCCACCAAAACUGCCAACUGCUACUUUGACAUUGAGUGGCGCGAGAAGAAGAUCACUCUGAGGGCCACCAACGGGAAGUACGUGGCGGCCAAAAAGAACGGCCAGCUUGCCGCCACGAUCGACGCGGCAGGCGACACCGAGGAGUUCCUGAUGAAGCUGAUCAACAGGCCCAUCAUCGUGCUGCGUGGCGAGCACGGCUUCAUCGGGUGCCGAAGGGUGACCGGGACCCUGGACUGCAACCGCUCCUCCUACGACCUCUUCCAGCUGGAGUUCCACAACGGGGCCUACAGCCUCAGAGAUUCCACCGGGAAGUACUGGAUGGUGGGGAACGAGUCCUCGGUGGUCAGCAGCAGCGACGCGCCCGUGGAGUUCCUGCUGGAGUUCUGCGACUACAAUAAGGUGGCCAUCAAGUCCUCCGAGGGCAAGUACCUCCGUGGGGACCACGCCGGCGUGCUGCGGGCCACCGCCGACGCCAUCGACAGCUCCACCAUGUGGGAGUACUAGACGCACUUUAGCUAACCGCCGUGGCUUCCCGCUUUAUUUCACCUUUUCAGGUCAGGUUUGGGGUUUUUUUUUUUUUGUUGGCGGGGCUGGGUCUCGGUUG